CUCACCCUUAAUAUUUUUCUCUACAUUUUCAUAACAAAUGCGAAAACAAUCAAAUUCUGACAUAAGAGAUGAACUCAGUUUAAAAAAAGAAAAAAAUCAAUUUCGUAUUGAAACUUUAGAAGUACUUUUACCUCAACCCAAUUAAUACCUAAAAUAAAAAAUGAGUUUUAAACUGUGUCGGCUAUGUGGUAAAGAAAAAUUAGAAGGAGUUGAUGUUUUCACAGAUAAAAUGCGAGGAGCUGUCCUUGUAUCAAUAAUUAACAAAUAUUUCCCCAAAGAGGUAAUGAAUAUCUCAACAUCUGAUAAUUUUUCAAAAUAUGUUUGCAUUGAUUGCGAACAAAAGAUAUGUAAUUUUGAUGAGUUUUUCUUGAUGGUAGCUAAUGUGCAAAAACAAUUAACGGCACCAUCUCUCGAAAUCGAUUUCGCAGAGGACAUGUUAUGCCAUCUAAAAGAGAAUGAAUUAUCUCUUGAAAAAAAUUCAGGAAAUAAAUGUUUAUUACAAAAAAAGUUUGUAUGUGAUCAAUGUUCAAAAAAUUUUAGGUGUCAAGCACACUUGGAUAGACACAAAAGGAUUCAUACUGGAUAUCGUCCUUUUAUUUGUAACGUAUGUUCUAUGUCUUUCAAUCAAGCUGAAAUUUUGAAAAUUCACCAAAAAAGUCAUCAAAAACAAAAAGGAUUCAAGUGUGAAAAUUGUCUACAGUCAUUUCGUUUCAAAGUUUCAUUAAAAUCUCAUUUACUUAAUUUUCACUCGGAAAAAAAUGAUAAUGCAACAUCAGGCCUUCAGUUCAAUAAAUCUUUAUCAUGUCCUGAAUGUGGCAAAAUAUUUGCAACCAAAUAUAAAUUUCAACGACACAUUCGAUGUCAUACUGGAGAAAAACCUUUCACUUGUAAUUAUUGUCAUCGAAAUUUUUCUCAAACAGGAAAUUUAAAACUACAUUUAAUUAAGUGUUCUCGUAGUUCCGCCAAUCGAAUCAUACCAGAUAUACAACAGACAAUUCAAGUAUUAGACAAGACUAAAUUGUCUCAAGAACAAAUUGACAGCUCAAAGAAACUUUUAAUUCCAGACAACAGUAAAAAUUCUAAUCAUACUGAUGUCGAUACCGAUAAAACCAACAGACCAAUUGAACAUUUUUCACAGCCACCUUGCAACUAUUUGUCUGAAACUGAAAUGCAAGAUACAUUUAAUCAAACAUUUAAUUCUACAACCAUUAUUGACUCAUGUACUUCACCGUAUUUGGAAAAAAAUUUUUCGAAUACGAUAUAUAUAGAUGCAGAAGAAAUAGAAACAAUUCUUGAACGAGAUUUACCACAUCUUAAUACAACUCCAACUCCUAAUUCUACUUUUGUAUUGAACAACAAAUAUUUUUCAAGUAUACCAGAGGACAAAGUACCUCUUUGUAUCAAACAGCCUGAAACACCUGAGCUGUUUCAUAGUUUAUUAUAUGAUGUAUAGAUUGUAUUUAUUUUUAAAACAUUUUUAUUAUAUUAAACUAUAGACUUUUAAUUAGAAAGGUAUAUAGAAAUAAAAGAUAACA